UCAUAUCCCAGCUGUGCUGUCAGUGGGUGGGUCGCAGCUUGACUGAUUUCUGCCGUUAGUUGCACGAUCUUCGAUUCGGAAUGGAUGAGGAAUACGAUGCCAUCGUUCUCGGCACCGGACUCAAGGAAUGCAUCCUGUCCGGAUUGCUCUCCGUGUCUGGCAAGAAGGUCCUCCAUAUGGACCGCAAUAAGUAUUACGGGGGUGAGUCCGCGUCCAUCACUCCCCUCGAGGAUUUGUUCGCUAAGUUCAACAUGCCCGUCGAAGGUCUGAACCUGGAGGAGUAUGGACGCAGCCGCGACUGGAACGUCGAUCUCAUUCCCAAGUUUCUGAUGGCCAACGGCCAACUCGUCAAGCUCCUGAUCCAUACGGGAGUGACUCGCUACUUGGAGUUCAAGUCAUGCGAGGGAUCCUACGUCUACAAGGCCGGGAAAAUCCACAAGGUGCCGGCCGAUGAGAAAGAAGCUUUGGCUUCCGGCCUGAUGGGAAUGUUCGAGAAACGUCGUUUCCGGAACUUCCUGGUCUACAUCCAGGAGUUCAACUUUGACGAAGAAAAGACCUGGAAGGAUGUUAAUCCCAACAUCACCACUUCGCUUCAACUCUACGAGAAGUUCGGUCUCGACAAGGAUACCCACGACUUCACUGGACACGCUCUCGCCCUGUUCCGUGAUGAUCUCUACCUUGCUCAGCCCUGCGGCGAAUUGAUCCGUCGCGUCAAGCUCUACUCAGACUCGUUGGCCCGUUUCGGUAAAUCUCCGUAUUUGUACCCACUCUACGGACUCGGUGAACUGCCCCAAGGCUUCGCUCGGCUCUCCGCCAUCUACGGCGGAACUUACAUGCUGGAAAAGCCCAUAGACGAGAUCGUACUCGAAAACGGCAAAGUUGUCGGAGUGAAGAGCGGCGGUGAGACUGCCAAGUGCAAGCAAGUAUUCUGCGAUCCGACCUACGUUCCGGACCGUGUCGAGAAGACGGGCCAGGUGAUUCGAUGCAUCUGCCUGAUGAAUCAUCCGAUCCCGAACACCAGAGAUUCUCUUUCCUGCCAGAUCAUCAUUCCUCAGAAGCAAGUCGGCCGCAAGAGCGACAUCUAUGUUUCAAUGGUGUCCUACACUCAUCAAGUUGCUUCGAAAAACUGGUUCGUGGCGAUGGUCUCGACAACCGUCGAAACCGCGAACCCAGAGGCUGAGAUUAAACCCGGUUUGGACCUCCUCGGUCCCAUCAAACAGAAGUUCGUCCACAUCAGCGACGUCUACAAGCCCAAAGACCUCGGCGAGGAGAGCCAGAUCUUCGUUUCUCAAUCUUAUGACGCGACCUCUCACUUCGAGACGACAUGCGCGGACGUCGUAGACACCUUCCGACGCGCCACCGGUGAAGAUUUCGACUUUUCCAAAGUUCAACACGAUAACUGUGAAGUGCUGGAAUAGGUUUAGCAUUCAGUUGUAUCAAAGGGAACCUUAUAAAACAUGUUUGCUACCGCCAUCCCCGCCGCCGCCGAAUUCUCGACCGAAAAAUGAAACAGUGAACUGGCGGAGGAAGACUCCGGAACGACUAUAUGAAAAUACUGAAAAAGAACAAUAUACACAGAACUCGAUAUCAAUUCAAACAGUGGAGAAACGCUCCACUUCACGACGCAGCCAAGCGAUAUGCAGGGGAAAGAAGCAGGGAAGCCGGAAGCAGAAGCCCUGAAAACAUUCUCGACACUUACUACAACACUGUCCGUGGACAAGCUGGGCGACGGUAUCCCGGUAUCAUCCAUGUUUUGAUAAUGCCGAAAGCAGCAGCAUCGAGGGGAAGCGAAUAGCCGUAACAUUCACACCCAUAAAAUAACUCCAUGGAAAAUUAUUGGCUGGAUAUUUCAUUCUAUAAAUAUCAACGCUCGAGAACGACGAGAAGAAA